AUGCACCGAACUAUCUCUUUCGCUGCUCGCGCUGCACCGCCUACUUCCUUACGUUUAUUAAGACCCUAUGCCUCACCGGCAACGGUAUACAGAUCAUUCUCUUCUGCUACUAGUAAACCAAAAGCAUCUCGUCUUCCAUUUAAAAGUAUCGCUGCUAGUGUUGCCUUGACAUCAUCAUUCUAUCUUUACUCUCGUAGUAUUGCUGAAGCAGAGGCAAUACAUAACUACAACACCAACCCGAGCAUGACAACGGUGGCCGAGCUACAAGAUAUGGACAACCGUAUCGCUGUCCAAGCCAAGACAACUGAAGAACUUGCUUUAGCUCUCUUUGUCUACCGUCUGUGUGCUUUCCCUUGGUUGGUAAAUGCUGCACCUCAUUUGAUUGCUGCUGCCGAACGACUCCAUCUUCAGGCCCCUAUCUAUUGGUUUAUCAAGCAAACCUUUUUCCGUCAUUUCUGUGGUGGUGAAACAUCCGAGGAGUGUAUCUCCAGUAUGGAUAAAUUAGCCCAGUCCGGAAUCAACUGUAUCUUGGACUUAUCAGUAGAAGCUGACUUACAUUUAGAUAAGCAAGAGGAACGACCCGAAGGACAAAGUAAAUACUAUCGUGAUGAACAACAAGCCGAUGUGAUCCUAAAGAUGAUCAAAACAUGUAUCCAAACCGCUGCCGGGGGUGCAUCCACUAACGCCAUGGUAGCCGUCAAGGUCACUGGUUUUACUGCCCCGGAGUUACUCUUACGUCUGAACCAGGCUGUUACUGCCCUUGAUCAAGCCUUUUUAGAUUAUCAGCAAAAUGGCCAUCUAGAUGCUCAAGGUGUCUCUCAAGUUAUUCAAAAGGUACUACCUCCUGCUGAAAGUCAAGAACAAGAACAGAAGCGUCAAUCGAUUAUCGAUCACUUGAAACGUGAGAAGGGUACCUUGGAUCUAUUAGAGUUUAGAAAAUUAUUUAAUUUACAAGGCCCUGGUCGGGAUAUCUGGUGGAAAACAAGUCAGAUGGAUUCCAAGUCGGUUAUGCUUACUUCCGAAGAUCUCGAAGCCUAUGACCGUAUGAUUCAACGUGUAGAUGAAGCUUGUUCUUUGGCUCAUCAACUCAAGGUUGGCGUCAUGGUAGAUGCAGAGCAAUCCUACUUUCAAAACAUUAUUGAUCAUGUUGCUGUCAACCUUCAAAGUAAAUACAAUCGCCGUAUAGAAAACCAGCACUCUGGGCCCACUGUGUAUAAUACUUAUCAAAUGUAUACAAAAUCCGCACGAGGAAGACUAGAAUUGGAUGUUGAAUUAUCAAAGCGUGAAAACUUUGUAUUUGCUGCCAAGUUAGUUCGUGGUGCCUACAUGGUAUCUGAACGUAAACGAGCAUUAGACAUGAACUAUCCUUCACCUAUUCAUGAUACACUUGAAGAUACUCAUGAUUCUUAUAAUGGUGGUGUCAAAUAUUUGGUCAGCAAAUUGCGUGAACACCAAGAAUCUACAGGUGAAGCACUCACUGUGUCUAAUUCACCCAUUGUCUUUAUGGUUGCCAGUCAUAAUCGCGAUUCAGUCAUUCUGACGAUAGAGGAGAUGGAAAAAAAUCACAUCUCACCGCACUCAGGCGUUGUUCUCUUUGGUCAACUGUUUUCCAUGCAAGAUCAAAUCUCCUACACCUUGGCUCGUCAUGGAUACGCUGCUUACAAAUACCUGCCUUACGGUAUGAUUGAUGAAGUUAUUCCUUACUUGCUUCGUCGUGCUCAAGAAAACUCUUCUAUCCUUGGUGGCCCUGGUGUAGCCCAUGAACGUCAAUUGAUGUGGGAUGAGCUCAAGGGCCGUAUUACAGGAAAGGCCACUAAGCCUGAUGUAUCUGUCAACACAACUACCUCUGCUUAA